CGCCCCCUAAUAGCCCCCUGAUAGAGGAGAGGCUCUCGCGAGAGAUCCAAGCGUACUAGUUCUUUCGACAAGUCCCCGCGGUUCCGUCUCGUUGGCAUUGUGUAAUUUGCCGCGGCCAAGUCGAAAGUGGCCCCCAUUUCGAUCGCGCAGCCCGAAACGCCGGGGACGAGUCACGAGUCCACGAGCAGGCGAGAGCUAGGCGAGAGCUGGGCACGACUCACGACUCUCACGAGGUCACGAGGAAGAAGAGCGACGGACGUCAGCAGAGCGAGACUCGCGCCGAUGUAGAUCCCCGAGCAUGAUAUGCUCCGUAGCAGGCACUGCUGGGGGACGUCGAACUCGGCUCGAGUGAGAAGAGAGAUUUUCGGGAUGUAACGGCGCGCCUGUCGAUCUCCUUUCGCGAGCCGGCAUCAUGCCGAGUGCAGGCGCUGGCGGCAUCAGGGAGGGGGCGGCGAGGAGUCCCUACGCGCUGCCGGGCGACGCGCAGCUCCUGGCCUACUGGCACCACCAGCAUCGGGCUCCGAGUACUCCGAGUACUCCGAGUGCAGCCGGCGCAGCCCGCUUCGAGCGGAGGAGGCGCGCCGCCAAGGACGAGCCGAUCCAGGAGCUUCGCGGCGGCAGACCGUCGGGCUUCUCCGCCUCGCGGUACGUCGCCGACGUCAGGCUGCUCGCCAAGUGGCGGCUCGUCGCCGGCCAGAAGCGCGACGGCUGCAUCCAGCUGGACCAGCAGCACGAGCUCGAGCGGCAACAGUACCGCGAGAUCAAGCGCGAGUACAGGGAGUGCGCGGCCGCGCUGGAGAGCUUCCUGGCCCGGGACCACGAGGAGAGCAUGCGAGCUCUGAGCGCGGCCGAGGCCGAGUCGCGGCGGACGAGCGAGCUGAGCGAGCGCAGGGACGAGCUCUCCGGGCGCUACGGCCGGGCCCGGCUGCAGGUCUACCAGUGGGAGGAGGCCUGGCGCACCGUCAAGGCCUGUCGGAGCUUUCUGCGGCGCGUCUCGCCGCUCGGCCAGCUGGACGCCGCCGAGGACGAAAGCGAGGAGGCCGGCGAGGGCGCCGGCGAGGAGGCCGGCGAGGAGGCCGAGGAGGCCGAGAUCGGCUCGCUCGAGUCCAUCAUCGCCGCGUUCGAGCGCACCCGCUCUGCACUCUCCCCGGCCAGCUCUCCCGGCGAGCUCGGCCUGCUGGAGGCGGCCGACCUGCUGCGGCUCUUCCGCGACAUCGAGCUGCGGAACCUCAGCGCGCUCGUGCACCUGGAGGCGCUGGGCGGGCCCAUGGCCGAGGCGAGCGCCAGGAUCGGCGCGGCGGAGCUCCGCGUCGGCCGGGAGAUCGAGGACGUCUUCGAGGGCAUCGAGCAGCUGGAAAGGGCGAUCGGCCGAGAGGAGCGCCGAGCUCGCCGCCUGGAGCGGCAGAGCGCUCGGCUGGUGCAGCGCAGGUUCCGCGCGCUCGUCUGCUCGGCCGAGGCGCUGCGGGCUCGCAUCCUGCUGGAGGAGGCCUACGAAGGCUGCGUCGCCCCGAACGAAGCCGGCCUCGGGCCGCUGGCCAUGGCUCGCGGGCUCGAGGCUGCCUACGAGAGGCUCAGCGCCGAGCUGGACGCGCUGCCGCGACACUUGGUGCUCGCCUGCGAGAGGGACGGCUUCCAGCAGGAGAUGCGCCAGAGCCGCGAGGCUGCCGAGGCAGCCAGGAAGUUCGAGCUGAUGCAGCGACUUCUCGGAGCACUGCGUAGAAUCAUGGAACCAACCGAGUCCAGGCGUCGUGUGCUGAUGCGGCGAUCGUCGCCGAACGUUCCAGGCAGACGCUGUGCGGCGUCGGCGGCGGCGGCGGCGAAGGAGCAGACUCGCGACAAAUCGCCGAUCGCCCGCGAAGCUCUGCAGCUGGACUUUUUCGAAAAGCUAUGCAAGCCCAAGAGGACCGACGGCGAGGAGGACGGCGCAAGCGAUGACGACGAUUAAGAAAAUUGUACUUGUAUAAAAAGCUGACCAAGUAUAUUGCGUGCAAUCAAGGC